UUCAUAUUGCUGUUCCUCAGGACAGGAACUCAAAUGGCUGGAACCUAGAGGCAGGAGCUGAUGUACCGUUCAUGGAGGAGCACAGCUUACUCACUGGUUUGCUCCUCAUGGCUAGCUCAGCUUGCUUAUAGAAUCCAGGACCAUCAACCCAGGGACAGCACCACCCACAGUGGGCUGGGCCAUCUCCCAUCAAUCACCAACUAAGAAAACGCCUUGUGGCUGAAUGUUAUGGUUCCCUUCCUUCAGAUAACUCUAACUUGUGUCAAGUUUACAUAAAACCUUCCAGGCACAGUAACAAACUAGGAUGCUUGCCUGCAACCUCAGUAGAGUAGUCUGCUACAGGAGACAUUGCUGGUCUUUGUCAUGGAAUUGAAUGUGACCUGGCUGAGGAGUUCCCCAGAGGAGGGUCAGGAAGAGGUGGGGCAGUUACAGGCCUAGCUGCUGAGCUACACCAAGGCAGCCAACCAGGCACUGGUACUUUGGAAAUGGAAAUGCUGGAUAACCUUGAGUCUAUGAGGUUCGAAUAUGGGAUUCCAGAGGAAGAACGUUACUGGCUGUAUUUACAGGGUCGUUACCGAGGAUUGAUGGUCAAGGGCUGUGCCCAUGCAGCCUUCUUUUGCAAAAUGUUCUACGAUUUGAGCAAACUGCUGCAGGAGCUGCCGCGCACAAUCCAUUCCCGGACUGUAUCGUUUGAUGCCGCGGCUACCGAGGAUGAGAAGCUAACGGUGGGCGUCAUUGGAUGUGGCCACAUUGGAAGGCAGCUGACUAACGUGCUGCUGAAAACCGUCUCCAUCCCUCCAGAGAACCUGCAGAUCUCCACUCGGAGGCCAGACUCCCUGGUUGAGCUUCGGAAACUAGGGGUCCGGUGCGUCUAUGACAAUGCUGCUGUGGCGAACUGGGCCAAAGUGUUGUUCCUCUGCUGUUUGCCUGCCCAGCUGCCUAAUAUCUGCCUAGAAAUUCAAUCCAAACUCGAUAAAUCCUGCAUCGUGUACAGCUUUGUAUCUGCCAUCACGAUACCCAGGUUGAAAACUUUACUGAACCACACCAAUAUCGUGCGACCCCAGUAUCAAUUUGUUGAGAAAUUUGAAAACAUCUGGGGAGAGAAUGAAGAGGUCCCAGCUGCUCUCCGAAAUUCAUCAAUUAUCCGGGGUACCUGCCCCUACAAUAGUCUUGGGGGAGUAAUCCUCAAUGUCAAGUGGCUGGAGGGGUUGUGCUACGCCCUCAUCAACGCCUGUACAUCGAGGGGCGUGUUUCACUCACAGGUGCUGAAGCUUUUGAACAAACUGUUUCUCUCUGUGCACUUAGAAAGCUGCAAGACAGACCCGGCAUCCUGCCCCAAAUUUCAGUUAACAGAUUUUAUGAACAAAAGCUACGUCAGGAACUUGUAUAAGAAAAGGCCUUUCCCCUGGUUUGAUCUGACUACUGUGCAAACCAAGGAAACUCCCUUCAGCCAGCACAUCUCCGCUACUCGUGCUCUUCAGGACCACAUUAGUCUUCUCUACUGUGAAUCAUUUGGCCUCUCCAUAGGCGAAGAAGAACUGCCUUACAUUUCCACCGUUCUCCAACCUCUAGAAGAAGUCUCGGAUUGACGAGAGCCAUGCAUUGUGUGCAAUACCUGAGUGAAGAAUAAAGUCUGAGGUCCUCCUA